UUCACCCAUAUAUAGAAAUACUUAAAAAAAAGUUUCAACCACGAUCUGAAAAAAAUGAAACGAUUGAUUCUUACUUAACCUUAAUUUAUGGCGAGUUAGAAGAUUUACCUAAUCAACCCAAUAUAGAAAAAUUAUCUGAUACUGAUGAUUCAAGUUCUGUUAGUGAAGAUGAAAAUAUAUCAUCAGCAGGUAAACGUCGACAUUGGCAAUUUGCUCACCGUCAAUUUAAACGAAAUAUGUAUAAAAAGCAUAGUAAAGGCCGAAGUCAAAAUCGAAAAAAAAUCCAAAGUCAUAAUAAAGGUAAAGGUAAAAGUAAUGUAAGUCAACGAUCACAAAAUAAAUCAGUUGAGUCGAAUGACAUAUAUGAAAUCGAAUAUUUACCGCCAACUGAUACUUCAGGUCUUUUGGAUAACGUUAGAGCUGCUAUCUACUUGUCAUUAGAUGAAUUGUGGUGUGUUCCAAAUGAUAUAGCUUUAGUUGCAUCAAUCCUGGAUCCUAGGAUGAAAAGUUUACGAUUUACUACAGAUACUCAACGAACAAACACAAGAAUUAAACUUCGAGAUGAUGAUUUUUUUGCUGAAGUUUUUAACUUAGGAGGAUCAAAUAAUGAUAUAAUAGAAUUUGAAGAAGACGAA